CCUCCCCCGACCACCCCAACGACACAACCUACCUAACCUCCAUAAUCUCCGACCAACUCCGCCUCCUCACCAACUGCAUGGCAGAACGCGAUCGCGCCUCCAGCGAACGCGACCGCGCCUGCGAAGAGCGCGACGCCGCCACAUCCCAAUGCGCGAAAUACUACCACGACAUCCAGCUCCUGACAUCCACCAUCACCCGCCUUGAAGAGCAGGUCGCGCGCCAGGAGGCUGCGGCGAGGAAUCAUGCGAGUAAGACCCGUGAGUUGGAGAAGCAGGUGGGUGUGUUGAGCCAGCAGGUUGCGGGGAAGAGGGCGAUGGGGCCGUUGGUGGUGUUUGCGAAUGGCGGUGGGAGUAAUGCGAAUGGGACCCCGACGAAGAUGGGGAGGACGGUGGAGGAGGCACGAGCUGAGGUGUUGAAGGGUGGUCAGCCGAUUACCGCGCAGCUACUGAGUCAAUUCGACAGUCUCCCCCCCUCACCGCAGCUUCUCGGCCCCCUCACGCCCGGGGCAGGAGAACUGCCAUGUGGACCUGCGAAACCGUGUACACUCCUCAACACGUACGCGUCGACCACCAGCCGCGUGAUCGCCGCCUGCAACGGUGUAGCACAGAACGGAAUCGACACCUUCCCCGCUACGAGCCUGAUCCCCUUCGAGAGCAAUGAGGAGCUGAUCGCCGGGUUCGUAGCGACGUUCGAUGAUGUCUACCUCAUGGUUUGCGGGUGGGUGACGACGUAUGCGGAUAGGGUGAAUCCGAUUGAUGAGAAGGAUAUUGCGGGGCAGGAGAGGUGCUGGGCGUAUAUGCUGGGGUGUUUGAGCCCGUUGGGGGAGAAGGAUGCGGCGUUUGUGAUUGGCAGUUUUCAGAGGGAUACGGCGACCAGGAGGUGGUUCGUGAUGAGGAUGGUGGUGCAGUAUAUUCAGAUGCAUGUGUGGAGUUAUACUACGUGGCUGGGGUACAGUGAUGCGAGUGAUGCGGAUUUGAAUCGGAUCUGCAAGAGGCUCGCUGAGAAGGGCGUAACCCUCGACCAACGCGGUGAACUCCUCGCCGAGCGCUCCCUCUGCGUCUCCGCCAUCAUGGGCACCCAAGACUACCGCGGCUUCCGCAAAUACAUGAUCGCGCAACACACCAAAAAGCUCCGGGACAUCCUCCCCCUCGUCCUCAACCCGGGCAUCAACCGCUCCGACGCCGGCCGCGACCUCGCCGUCGUAGUAGCCAAAGCCUUUGAUCUCUCCGCGCAGCUCUUCACAUGCGGCUGGACAUUCAUCAUCAGCAUGCCUGAGGCCGGGGCGAAGUUCGCGAAGCCAAGUAUGAGGGCGAGGAACUCGGAUGUCGAGCCCCUGGAGCUGCAGAUGAGGGGGACGAGGAUUAGGUUCGCGGUUACGCCGUUUGUGACGCUGAGGGAUGAUAGUGGGUUGGCGAUUGUGACGAGGAAUAUUGAUCGCUCGAGUGUGCUUAUUGAGCAGUAAGUCGCGGUAUUCUCGUUGAGUGGGAGAUGGGAGUCUUUCUCUCUUCCUUGCUUUGCCAUGGGAUGAGCUUGUCUACUCAUGGGUCAGCAGCUCUUUCGUACCUGGAGCUUGUCAGGUACUUCGGUGUGAUGUGUGCUUCCUGGAUGCGUCUCCCGCUGAUAGUCUCGUCAGUCCGUUAACCUUCAUCCAACGCCCUCAUCGAUCCAUCACAUGUUCUUGGUUGGUUUACUGAGAAUUGGAUGGUCAUCUCACUAAGCAUUUGAUCAUCUUGUUUAUGGCCGUCUUCUUCAGAAUUAGAUCUUCAUCUCCUUGAUCAUUAGAUACUCGUCAUCUUGGGCACCGCGGGGCCAUUAAUUGAGCAAAAGGAGGUCGUUGCGCAUAUCAAACCAAACAUUGCCAAAAACCAUUGCACCAGCAUAUUGCUUCACAACCGGGUGCCUUAGCUAGCUGAAUAUAAAAGGAUUUAAU